GCUUGUAAUACCAUUUGGUAUCCGCCGACGCAAUCUCUCAACCGCAUCCCUCGUUUUGUGAUUUGCAAAGACCGAUAAAACCGAUUGACGACAACACGGUUGGCCGACGAGAAAGAAGAAGACAUCCCGACCCGACCACGUUCCUUUGCUUUGUCUUCGCAUAGACAAGUCGUCAGAGCUUCCAAUCAGGGUCCCCCGUGUCUGCCCUGAUUCCCUCCCCUAUCUCGUGCCGAGGGACAUGUUACCGAUGCUACCAUCGAUGACUUUGUAAAACACGACGCGAAUCCCCUUCGAUUACGAUCGCCAUGAUGGAGACUGCGGCAUCGCCCUUGACGCCGCAGGACUCUGGCACCAGUGGCAUCUCCCCCGAGUCCUUCAGCGCCGUCAAGCCCAAGGAUGUAGUAGAGCACCUGGCUUCUGUCGUCACCAUCGCUCUUGGAGCUACCCGCCAAGAUCUGGAAAGAGAUGGCAACCUGCUCUCAGAUGCAAACAAAGCCGACAUAGUGCAACGAUGUGCGCGGUUCGCAAGUGACUCGCAAGUCGCUCUGUACAUCCAGAAGGAGGUUGUGCCAAGGCCUGAUGAGCCCGAUGGCCCGGCAGACAAUGAGCCGCCCACGUAUACCUAUACCAUCGCAUCCGAGAUCACCUAUUCGCCGACGACCAUAGCCUACCUGGCGCUCCUCAAACGCCCCCAAGCCAUCGACCCCUCGCUGCCUCUGACCUCUCAGAUCCAAAUCCAAACGUUGCCCGGUGCAGCUUCCCUCAGCAACGCUGUUGCCGAACAAGGCCCUUCUGCUUCGCCCUUCGAGAUUCUUCAUACUAUUCUUCAUAAUGUGUACGCGCCCUACUUCGAUGCCAGCACCAAGCCUUCGCAGGCUGUCAACGGGGCCAGGAGCCGGACAGACGUGGAUGCGAAGACUGGAAUACCCAUUACCAAGAAGCGCAUGACGGAGCUAGAGUUGAGCUUGCUGCAUCUCCAGCAGAACGUCGAGAUUCCAGAACUUUCGCUGCCUUUUCACCCCGUGGUACAAGAAGCUCUGGAUAAUGCUACCGCCCGCAGCGUGAAGCCGACGACCGACUUGAUAUCCUCGAAGCUCCUAUCCGACAGUACCUUCAUGAACAACCUACAGUCCAACGUGAACAGCUGGAUCAAGGCGAUACAGGCCGUCACCAAGUUGACUAAGGACCCCGUCACAAGGACCGCAACGCAAGAGAUCAACUUCUGGUUGUCAAUGGAGUCUGCUCUGGAGGGUAUCGAAGCCCAACUGAGAAGUGAAGGUGUGGCUCUCACACUGGAAAUUCUCAAGCAUGCGAAGCGUUUUCAGGCGACCGUCAGUUUCACUGCCGACACCGGCUUGAAGGAGGCCAUGGAGCUAGUACAGAAGCACAACCAGCUCAUGCGGGACCUGCCCCUGGACGAACUCUUGUCUGCUACCUCACUCCCCAAGGUAAACGAUUCAGUUAUCCAGAUUUUUGCCCACAUCAACAAGAAGAUGAGAUUCAGCAACUACCCGAUUAAGAGGACUCUGGAUCUUGUCGAAGCUAUCUCAGCCGAUCUCAAGGACGUGAUGCACCGUCUCUUGCCCGGAUCCGAGCUUGUGGAUCUGGAGUAUGAGGACUUCAAGAACCUGAUGGAAAAAGCAGACGAUAUCUUUAAGGGCUGGGAACUCCAGGCCAAGGAAUUCACCAACAUCGCCCGUGAGACCAUGAGACGGAGACAGGAGAAGUUCAUACCCAUCAAAGUCAACCCGAAACACAGCGAGCUACAAGCUCGCCUCAAGUACAUCGACACGUUCCGCGACAACCACGAACAGCUUCAGCGUACGAUAGCUAUUGUACUUCGGCCAAAGGCGACUGCCAGUGGGUUGAACGCAGAACCUACCACUAACGGUGCCUCCCUUGUGGAGGAGAUGGGUGAUGUCGACGCUAUUGAAGAAGUCAAGCAAGCUUGGGAUGCACUUAAGAAUGUCGAUUUGCUUGACGUGUCCGAAGAAGGAACUCAGAGAUGGGCCAAAGCAGAGAAUACCUACAACGAGCGUACGACUCGUGUGGAGAACUCCAUCAUCGCUCGACUGCGAGACCGCUUGGCUACGGCCAAGAACGCCAAUGAGAUGUUCCGCGUGUUCUCCCAGUUCAACGCGCUUUUUGUCCGACCCAAGAUUCGAGGUGCCAUUGCUGAGUACCAAAACCAGCUCAUCGACAACGUCAAGGAAGCAAUAUCAGCUCUCCAUGAACGCUUCAAGCAGCAGUAUGGUCACUCGGAGGCUCACGCCAUGGCUCAGCUGCACGAUCUCCCCCCCGUGUCUGGUGCUAUCAUCUGGGCUCGUCAGAUUGAGCGUCAGCUUGAUGGGUAUAUGAGAAAGGUCGAGGAUAUUCUCGGCACCGACUGGAAGCAACAUGCUGAAGGCCAGAAGCUCCUGGCCGAGAGCGAGCUAUUCAAGAAGAAGCUGGACACCCACCAAAUACAUAAGGCCUGGAUUGAGGAUGUGCAGAGGAAGCAAAUCACCAUAUCGGGUCGUCUGUUCAACAUCAACAAGAUCAGGGCUGCCAACAACGCCUUGGACCUCACUGUCAACUUUGACGCACAAAUUAUCACCCUUUUCAAGGAAACGCGAAACCUAACUUGGCAGAACUUCAAUGUGCCUCACUCCGUGCAUAACACCGCGAAGGAAGCCAAACGAGUCUAUCCAUAUGCCGUCAGUCUCAUGGAGAGUGUGCGCACAUUUGCCCAAACCACGCGGCAGAUAUCUGACAUGUCCGAAGUCUCCAUCUUGCUGAGCGGCUACCAGGACGACGUUCAUAGUCUGAUUGCCAAGGGUGUGCCUCUGAAGUGGCAGACAUUCCUCGACACUUAUGAAGUCCAUCAGAAGCAACCAUUUGCUAAUGGCAGCCUUGAGCAGUUUGGAAGGCAAAGCGCCGGGAGCAAGCACGUAUCCUUCGUCCGCGAAUUCGCUGCGGCUGCGUCGUUGCUCCAGGCGAAGACGAUCUCCUUGGCUACUGUCCAUGCGACCGUCCAGAAGGCACUGAAUGAACUGGCCACUUGCCCCUACGACGCCUCUGAGUUCGAAUCUCGGCUUCAAAUUAUUCAAGAAUGUGUCGAUAAGCUGAACUUGGAGCAGUAUGUCAACCUGGGCUACUGGGUAGAAAGGAUGAACGAGCGCAUCAAGAUGUCCUUACUCGUCCGCCUCCAACGUGCGGUCGCGGCGUGGGUGGAAGCAUUCGAGGAUGACCAGGAUGCCAGAGACCCGUCUCGCUGGACUCAGCUAGCCCCAUCUGGGGAACCCGUGAAAUCCGAUGCCCCGGUGAUGCAGCAGCUUGUGCAUGAAAUCACCAUGCGCAACCAAGUCAUCUACCUUGACCCGCCUCUAGAAUUUGCAAGGGCCAGCUGGUUCCUCCGCUUGCACGAAUGGUUGGGAAUUGUCUGCAAUCUUCCCAAAAUCAAGGCUUCCCGAUACCAGAUGAGUUUAACGUUGAGCACCGCAACUCAAGAGGAGGUUCGUUUCGCAGAAUUGCCCAGCCACUGCACCGAAACCUUGUCGAGAGUAUACACCACGGUUGACAAGAAGCUGUCUCACAUCGGCGAAUAUGUCGAUAAGUGGUUACAGUUCCAGUCCCUAUGGGAUCUCCAGUCCGAACAGGUGUAUGAACUCUUAGGAGACGAGCUCUCGAAGUGGUUGCAAUUGCUGCAAGAGAUCCGAAAGACGCGGGCAACGUUCGAUACUACUGAGGUCAGUCGUUCGUUUGGCCGCAUAACCAUCGACUACGAACAGGUCCAGACCAAGGUGAACUCCAAGUAUGACCAAUGGCAACAUGAAAUUUUGGUCAAGUUUGGCAGCCGCUUGGGCACUCGUAUGCGAGAAGUCCAUGCAGAGAUUGAGAAGGCACGAAAAGAUUUGGAGGGACAAAGCCUUGAAGCGACCUCGACAGCACAAGCCGUGCAAUUCAUCACUAUCGUCCAAUCUUGCAAGCGCAAUGUCAGGGCUUGGGCGCCCGAAGUUGAAACUUUCCGCCAGGGGCAGUCUACACUGACCCGGAACCGAUACCAAUUCCCUAAUGACUGGUUAGAUGUGCAGCAGGUUGACUCUCAAUGGGAAUCCCUCAAUGAGCUUCUUGCCCGAAAAGCGAAGAUUGUGCAAGACCAGACAGAUGCUCUCAAAGCCAAGAUUAUAGCUGAAGACAAGGUUGUGCUAGACAAGAUCGCUGAGAUAGCCAUACAAUGGAACGAAGAAAAACCGGUUUCUGGUACCAUUGCACCAGAAGUCGCCUCGGAAACACUAAGCAGCUUUGAAGCCCGCAUCACGAAACUACAAGCAGAGGCCGACAUGGUGUCCAAAGCAAAGGAGGCUCUCGACCUUGCGGCCAGCCCGGAGUCAUCUCUGGGCAUCAUAUUGGAAGAGGUCCAGGACUUCAAAUCCGUCUGGGCUGCCCUGUCAACAAUCUGGAAGAGCCUGAGCGAGCUUCGUGAAAUCCUUUGGGGCAGUGUUCAACCCCGAAAGAUCCGCGGUUCCAUUGAUGGUCUAAUCAAAAUGACCAAGGAAAUGCCGAGUCGGAUGCGACAGUACGCCGCGUUUGAGCAUAUCCAGACCAUUCUUCGCGGACACCUCAAGGUGAACAGCAUACUCAGCGACUUGAAGUCAGAGGCCAUCCGUGAUCGCCACUGGACCAAAAUCUGGAAAGAGAUCAAGCCUGGGCGACGAUACUCUCCCGUGUCCAUGACAUUGGGCGAUGUUUGGGAUCUGAACCUAGUUGCCACUGAAGUUAUAGUCAGGGAUAUCAUUACCCAGGCCCAAGGCGAAAUGGCAUUGGAAGAGUUCUUGAAGCAAGUGAAAGACACGUGGUCCAACUAUUCAUUAGAACUUGUUGCCUACCAAAACAAAUGCCGGCUCAUUCGUGGAUGGGACGACUUGUUUGCCAAGUGCAGCGAGAACCUGAACUCUUUACAGGCCAUGAAACAUUCGCCCUACUACAAGGAGUUCGAAGAGGAAGCUUCGUCUUGGGAGGACAAGCUCAACCGGGUCCACGUGCUGUUCGACGUGUGGAUUGAUGUUCAACGCCAAUGGGUGUAUCUGGAGGGCGUCUUCACUGGCAAUGCCGACAUCAAGCAUCUCCUGCCCAUCGAAUCAUCGAGAUUCCAGAACAUCAAUAGCGAGUUCAUGGCGGUCAUGAAGAAGGUGUACAAGUCGCCCAUGGUCGUGGAUGUUCUGGGCAUCGCUGGUGUGCAAAAGUCGCUCGAAAGACUUGCCGAGCUACUAAACAAGAUCCAGAAGGCGCUUGGUGAAUAUCUGGAAAAGGAGCGAGUCUCGUUCCCUCGAUUUUACUUUGUUGGUGACGAAGAUCUACUAGAGAUGAUUGGUAAUAGCAACGACACCAUGCGCAUUGCCAAGCACUUCAAGAAGAUGUUUGCCGGUCUGAACGGCUUGAUCAUGGACGACGAGACCAUCAUUUCUGGUUUCACCUCGAAAGAGGGCGAGGAGGUUCGCUUGAAGAAGGAGAUCUCCCUCGUCAAGACACCGCGCAUCAACGAUUGGCUCACCCUUCUCGAAAAUGGUAUGAAGGCUACCCUUGCUGAGCUGCUUGCCGAAGCCAUAGAGGCAUAUACCCCUAUCUUCGAAUCCGAGAACAUCGACCAAGCUGCCUUGAACACAUAUAUGGCAACAUUCCCGAGUCAGAUUGUGGUACUUGCCAUCCAGGCUGUAUGGACAACUGCUGUAGACAAAUCUUUGAGUGAAGGGGGCCAGACUUUGCAGACCAUAUUCAACAGGGAGGUCGAGGUUCUCCGACUUCUCGCGUCGACUGUGUUGGGCGAUCUUGAGGUGAUCCACCGGAAGAAGUGCGAGGCACUUAUCACGGAAUGCGUCCACCAAAGAGACGUGAUUGAGAGGCUCAUUACCCUCAACGCCAGCUCUACCACAUUCUUCCUUUGGCUUCUUCAGAUGCGGUACGUCUACGAGACUCAGGGUGACUACUUGCAGCGCCUUCACAUCAAGAUGGCAAACGCGAAGCUGAACUACGGCUUCGAAUACCUUGGUGUCCCUGACAGAUUGGUUCGCACACCACUUACCGAUCGCUGCUUCCUUACCCUUACUCAGGGCCUCUGCCAGAGGCUUGGUGGUUCGCCCUAUGGUCCAGCUGGUACUGGCAAAACCGAGUCCGUCAAGGCUCUCGGUGUCCAGCUUGGUCGGUUUACCCUCGUGUUCUGCUGUGACGAUACCUUCGACUUCCAAGCCAUGGGCCGCAUCUUCCUCGGUAUUUGCCAAGUGGGAGCUUGGGGAUGUUUCGACGAAUUCAAUCGUCUGGAAGAAAGGAUUUUGUCAGCCGUUUCACAGCAGAUCCAAAACAUACAGCUUGGUCUUAAGCAAGGUGCUGAAGACAAUAACUCUCAAAUCGAGUUGAUCGGACGUCAACUCCAUGUCAACGAGGACACAGGCAUCUUCAUCACUAUGAACCCAGGUUAUGCUGGCCGAUCCAACCUGCCUGACAACUUAAAGAAACUGUUCCGUAGUGUAGCUAUGUCCAAGCCGGACAAGGAGCUCAUUGCCGAAGUCAUGCUCUACUCCCAGGGCUUCAACCAAGCGAAGCAGCUGUCUAAGCAAACAGUGCCGUUCUUCGACCAAUGUGCAGCCAGGCUUUCCAAACAAGCCCAUUACGAUUUUGGACUCCGUGCUCUGAAGAGCGUUUUGGUCAGCUCCGGUGGUCUGAAGCGUGCCCGACUUCUAACCAGCGAUGGCACAAUUGGUGCGGAGGAAGUUGUUGAACCAGAGAUCAUCGUCCAGAGCAUUAGAGAGACGAUCGCACCGAAGCUGGUCCGAAGCGAUGUUGAUAUUAUGGUUGACGUAGAAAGAAACUGUUUCCCAGGUGUUCAGUAUGUUCCUGCCAGCUUGCAAAAGCUGAGGGAGGCUAUCCAUCGCCUUGCGGAUGAGAGACACCUUGUGGUGAACGACACCUGGAUGACCAAGGUGCUUCAGCUGUAUCAGAUCCAGAACAUCCAUCAUGGUGUUAUGAUGGUUGGCAACUCCGGUUCUGGAAAGUCUGCCGCCUGGAGGCUCUUACUCGAUGCCAUGCAGCAGGUCGAGGGAGUUGAAGGCGUCUCCCACGUGAUUGACUCCAAGGUCAUGUCCAAGGAGGCGCUCUACGGAAACCUUGACUCGACAACGAGAGAAUGGACUGACGGUCUUUUCACGAGCAUCCUGCGUAAAAUCGUUGAUAACCUUCGUGGAGAGGAUACGAAGCGUCACUGGAUUGUCUUCGACGGUGAUGUUGAUCCUGAGUGGGUCGAGAACUUGAACAGUGUCCUGGACGACAACAAGCUCCUCACCCUGCCGAAUGGUGAACGUCUCAACCUUCCGUCAAAUGUCCGAAUUAUGUUUGAAGUUGAAACGUUGAAGUACGCCACGCUGGCUACCGUUAGUCGAUGUGGUAUGGUCUGGUUCAGCGAAGAUACCGUGACGCCAGACAUGAUGGUCACCCACUACCUAGAUGGCCUCCGAAAGGUUGCCUUUGAGGACUUGGAUGAAGACACCGCUGCGGCUGGUCAAAGUCCCGUAAAGGCCCUGCAGAUCCAGAGCCAGGUCGCCGAUCUCCUCGAGGCUCAUCUCACAACCGACAAGUUCAUACAUGCUGCCUUGAAGGAGGCGGAAGGUUUCAACCACAUCAUGGAUUUCACUGUGGCUCGUGUUCUCACUACGCUCUUUUCUCUCUUGAACAAGGGCGUACGUGACCUGAUUGAGUAUAAUGCUCAACACGUCGACUUCCCGCUCGACCCUGAGCAGAUAGAGGCGUACAUCUCCAAGAAACUUCUGCUCGCUCUAGUUUGGUCGUUGACUGGCGACUGCCCGUUGACCGAUCGAAAGACAUUCGGCGACAAUGUUGCCGGCCUGGCCAACUUUGGGUCACCGCCUCUUGAUGGUAGCAGCUCCCUUAUCGACUUUGAUGUGUCCCUGCCCAGGGCCGAGUGGACGCCUUGGCAGAACGAAGUUCCCUCUAUCGAGGUCAACACACAUUCCAUCACACAGACUGAUGUAGUUAUCCCCACACUCGAUACGGUCCGCCAUGAAGAUGUUCUAUACUCGUGGCUGGCGGAGCACAAGCCUCUCUUGCUAUGUGGUCCUCCUGGUUCCGGUAAGACGAUGACUCUCUUCAGCGCUCUGCGCAAGCUGCCAAACAUGGAAGUCGUCGGUCUCAAUUUCUCAAGCGCCACGACUCCUGAUCUGCUCAUUAAGACCUUCGAACAAUACUGCGAGUACAAGAAGACCCUGAAUGGUGUCAUGCUCUCACCGACACAGAUAGGCCGCUGGCUUGUCAUUUUCUGCGAUGAAAUCAACCUGCCUGCCCCUGACAAGUAUGGAACUCAGAGAGCUAUCUCCUUCCUCCGCCAGCUAGUAGAGCACAACGGCUUCUGGCGAACAUCAGACAAAGUUUGGGUCACGCUCGACAGAAUCCAGUUUGUUGGCGCCUGUAACCCGCCUACCGACGCAGGCCGUACGCCCCUUGGCCCCAGGUUCCUCAGACAUGCGCCCCUCAUCAUGGUUGAUUAUCCUGGCGAGCUGUCUCUCAACCAGAUCUACGGCACGUUCAACUCUGCUAUCCUCAAGCUCGUCACUUCACUUCGUGGAUACUCUGAGGCUCUUACCUCGGCCAUGGUGCGAUUCUACCUUGAGUCUCAACAACGCUUCACGCCCAAGAUCCAGCCUCACUACGUCUACAGUCCUCGUGAACUGACACGAUGGGUGCGUGGUGUGUACGAAGCCAUUCGACCUCUUGAAAAUCUCACAGUCGAGGGACUGAUCCGUAUCUGGGCUCACGAGGCACUACGGCUCUUCCAGGACCGUUUAGUUGCUGAGGAGGAACGAAAGUGGACCGCUGAGGCUGUCAAGAGAAUCGCGAUGGAGUACUUCCCUACUAUCGAUGAGGAGAAGGCACUAGGCGGCCCAAUUUUGUUCUCCAACUGGCUUUCGAAGAAUUAUGUCCCAGUAGACCGGGAACAGUUGCGCGAUUUCGUCAAGACUCGUCUCAAGACUUUCUGUGAGGAAGAAGUCGACGUCCCUCUCAUUCUAUUCAAUGAUGUGCUCGAGCAUGUCUUGCGCAUUGACCGUGUCUUCCGACAACCUCAAGGUCACUUGAUCUUGAUUGGUGUUAGUGGCAGUGGCAAGACCACGUUGUCGAGAUUUGUUGCUUGGAUGAACGGCCUGAAGGUCUUCCAGAUCAAAGUGCAUGGCAAAUAUUCUGCGGAGGAUUUCGAUGAUGAUUUGCGAGAGGUCCUCCGCCGCUGUGGUUGCAAAGGCGAAAAAAUGUGCUUCAUCAUGGACGAAUCGAACGUCCUCGACUCGGGCUUCCUGGAGAGGAUGAACACCCUCCUGGCCAAUGCUGAAGUCCCUGGCCUGUUCGAAGGGGACGAUUUUGCCGCUCUCAUGACGGCUUGCAAAGAAGGCGCGCAGCAACAGGGUCUGUUGCUCGACUCGCAAGAGGAGCUUUACAAGUGGUUCACCAGCCAAAUCGUCAAGAACCUCCAUGUUGUCUUCACCAUGAACCCUCCUGAAGACGGUUUGUCCUCCAAGGCAGCUACAAGUCCAGCCCUGUUCAAUCGUUGCGUGCUGAACUGGAUGGGUGACUGGUCUGACCAAGCUCUCUUCCAAGUUGCCCAUGAGCUGACUACCAGGGUCGACCUGGACAAGCCCAACUUCACAGCUCCGGAUACCAUUCCCGUAGCAUAUCGGGGACUUACUCUACCGCCGUCUCACAGGGAUACUGUUGUCAACUCCAUGGUCUACAUCCACCAUUCCCUCCAUCGCUUCAACGCGAAACUACAAAAGCAACAGGGCAAGAUCACCUUCCUUACUCCUCGUCAUUUUUUGGACUUUGUUGCGCAAUACGUCAAGCUGUAUAACGAGAAGCGUGAAGAUCUCGAAGAGCAGCAACGCCAUCUGAACGUCGGUCUUGACAAGCUUAGGGAUACCGUCGAAAAAGUCAGCGAUCUCAGAGUCAGCUUAGCUCAGAAGAAGACUCAGCUUGCACAGAAGGAGGCAGAGGCCAAUGAGAAACUACAACGCAUGGUGGCAGAUCAACAGGAAGCCGAGCAACGCAAGAACACGUCUCUCGAGAUCCAAUCAGCUCUUGAAAAGCAGGACGCCGAUGUAGCAGAGCGUAAAAAAGUCGUGCUCGAGGAUCUCGCUAAAGCCGAGCCCGCUGUCGAAGAAGCCAAGGCUGCCGUCCAAAACAUCAAGCGCCAGCACUUGACGGAAGUCCGUUCUAUGAAUUCUCCACCUGACGCCGUUAAAAUGACGAUGGAGGCAGUAUGUUCACUUAUCAAAGGAUCAUCGGUAGCCGACUGGAAGGCUUGCCAGGGUUUGAUUCGCCGUGAUGACUUCAUUGCUUGCAUUGUCAACUUUGAUAAUGAGAAGCAGAUGACCAAACCCCUUCGAGCAAUGCUUCGAAAAGAAUACAUGACCCGGCCCAAAUUCAACUUUGAGACCGUCAACAAUGCCAGUAAGGCUUGCGGGCCUCUGGUCAAGUGGGUCAUAGCCCAAGUUAACUACUCGGAGAUCCUCGAUCGCGUUGGACCCCUGAGGGAUGAGGUGGAACAGCUUGAAGAGCAGACACUUCAAACUAGGGCCGAGGCCAAGGCCGUUGAGAACAAUCUUAUCAGUCUGGAGCGCAGCAUCGCAACGUACAAAACGGAGUAUGCUGCUCUUAUCAGUGAGAGCCAGGCUAUCAAGACGGAAUCGGAACGCGUUGAGUUCAAAGUGAACCGCAGUGUCAAACUACUCGAUAGUCUCUCCUCCGAGAGGACUCGUUGGGAAGAUGGAAGUAAGUCUUUCGAGACCCAAAUCAGUACAUUGGUUGGAGAUGUUCUCGUUGCGGCCGCUUUCCUUGCCUAUAGUGGCCUGUACGACCAGACUUUCCGAAAGUCCAUGAUGGACGAUUGGCUGCAUCAGCUUUCCCUUUCAGGUGUCGACUUCAAACAGCACAACCCCAUCACCGAAUACCUUUCCACCGCAGACGAACGACUGGCUUGGCAAGAGAACACACUUCCCGUCGAUGAUCUGUGCACCGAGAAUGCCAUUAUUUUGAAGCGGUUCAAUCGAUACCCCUUGAUCAUUGAUCCUUCUGGCCGUGUCACACAGUUCCUGCAGAAAGAAUGCAAGGACCGCCGACUCACGGUGACAAGUUUCCUGGACGACUCUUUCACGAAACAGCUAGAGAGCUCUCUACGGUUCGGUAAUCCCAUCUUGAUCCAAGACGCGGAGCAUCUGGAUCCCAUUCUGAAUCAAGUCCUGAACAAGGAGUAUCAGAAGACGGGCGGCCGUGUCCUUAUCCAACUUGGGAAACAGCAGAUCGAUUUCUCCCCUGCCUUCAAGAUAUACCUCUCUACCAGAGAUCCAUCGGCUACUUUCCCGCCAGACAUCUGCAGUCGGACGACAUUUGUCAACUUUACCGUCACGCAAAGCAGUCUCCAGACCCAGUCGCUCAGUGAAGUUCUGAAAUCCGAAAGACCCGACGUCGAUGAGAGGAGGUCAAACCUAAUCAAACUUCAAGGCGAGUUCAAGGUGCAUCUGCGACAACUGGAGAAACGUCUGCUCCAGGCCCUCAACGCAUCCCGUGGCAAUAUCCUAGAUGACGACAAUGUUCUCGAGACGCUCGAGACUCUCAAGAAGGAAGCUGCUGAGAUUACCGUCAAGAUGAGCAACACCGAAGGUGUCAUGGGCGAAGUCGAUGAGAUCACGCAACAGUACAAGAGCAUUGCUAGUUCUUGCAGUUCCAUCUUCGCUGUCCUUGAACAGCUGCACUAUCUGAACCAUUUCUACCAGUUCUCGCUGCAGUACUUCCUGGACAUCUUCCACUCGGUUCUCCGAGGCAACAAGAAUCUCGCGAAUGAAACGAAUCAUAACGUUCGCCGCGAUACCAUCAUCAAGGACCUGUUCAUUAACGCCUUCAAGAGGACUGCACUUGGCUUGCUGCAGAAGGACCGCAUUACCCUAGCCAUGCUUCUCGCGCAAGCAUCUCCCUACAAGAUGGACAAGAGCCUCAUCGAUACCAUCUUGGAUGGUCGCACAGAAGGCAAGGAUCUUUCCACAGAGGUGGGCGCCAGGGAUGAAGCAAUGGUGAGGGCGAGAAGAAUGGGCAUUUUCAAGGACAAGCUGGAUGAGGUGCCGUCUGCGGCUUGGGACAAGUUCUUCUCUGAGGAAUUUGCCGAAAACUUUGUGCCCCAGAUCUGGGAUGCGAAUGCGGAGCCGCUCGACCAAGCUCUGCUCUCUCUCCUGCUUGUCAAGCUCUUCCGUCUGGACCGAUUUGUGCCCACUGCCGAGCGUUUCGUCACCGCUGUCUUCGGUAAUGAUUUGUUUGAUGUCGUCGAGGAUCUGCAGCAAAUGGUGGUCGAAGCCUCCUCAACCAGACCUGUCUCGCUGGUAUCAAGCCCUGGCUUUGACGCAAGUUACAAGGUUGACAACUUGGUCGAGCGAAUGCGCGUCCGAUGCACCAACAUUGCCAUGGGUUCCAACGAAGGACUCACCAGUGCCGACAAGGCUAUCAGCAAUGCCGCGCAGGUCGGCAACUGGGUCUUGGUCAAAAACGUUCAUCUCGCACCUACCUGGCUCCAAUCCCUCGAAAAACGCAUGGAAACUCUCAAUCCACACUCGAGUUUCAGACUGUUCCUGUCUAUGGAGUCCAGUCCCAAGAUUCCCGUCAACUUGCUGAGAGCGUCCCGCGUGCUCAUGUACGAGCAGCCUGCUGGUGUCAAGGCUAACAUGAAGGAUUCGAUGGCUUCACUCUCGACAAGGGCGAGCAAGAGCCCAGUCGAGAGGACGAGACUGUACCUGCUGUUAUCUUUCCUACAUGCUGUUGUGCAGGAACGUCUGCGCUAUGCUCCCAACUUGGGUUGGAAGGGCUUCUGGGAGUUCAACGACGCUGAUUACGAAUGCUCUGCUUUCGUGAUUGAUACUUGGGUCGAAUUCGUCGCCCAAAGCCGUACCAAUUUGGCACCCCAAAACAUCCCCUGGGACAUGAUCCGCUAUUUAGUGCGCGAGACGUACGGUGGCAAGAUUGACGACGAGGGCGAUUUCAACCAGUUGACUCAGCUGGUAAACACGUUCCUACAGCCUGCAGCCUUCGAAAUUGGCCACAAGCUCGUCGAAGGAACAGAGAAUGAGGGCGGGCUCGAGGUGCCCAGCGGCACCAGCCUGCAGGAGUUCAUGGGUUGGAUUCACAAGUUGCCCGAAAGAGAGCCGCCCACAUAUCUGGGGUUGCCCGCCAACGCGGAGAAGCUGCUACUGGUUGGUCUUGGACGAAGCUUGGUUGGAGACUUGAAGAAAAUUGGCGAACUGCUUGAUGAGGGCGAGCAGUCGAUUGGUGAUGUUUAGAUGCAGUGCGUAUGGAGCUAAGGCCUAUGUAAAGCUAGUGCAUUGUCAGGACGAGAUGGAGAUUGUGUCUCGUUCUACCUCGCGGAGAAGGCGUAUCAUCGGUGGAUCAUCGGCAGUGUUCAUCGUUGUCUAGACUAAACCUUGGGUUGGGGUGGCUGUCGUCUUGCACUGAUACCCCAGAUUGCCUUUUGUUUUCGUUUUCUUGUGUACGAUGGUCUGGUGCUUGAUGUACUUUGAGAUCACCUGUAUGUCAUAGAUUUUGAUAGACAGGGGGGGAUUGCACUUAUACAAUGCUUGAUUACUU